GUGGGAGGCGGCUCAGUCGCCCAGCCAUCGCCAUGAGGUCCGGUCGCAGCUCCCUCCUCCUCCUCUUGGGGGUCGCCUUUGCCCUCUGGAGCCCCCAGCCCUCCGUCUCCGGCAGCUCCAAGAAAGACUGCAUAGUCCCCUUUGAAAAAUUCACCUUUUGUGGGAUGUCCCAUGAAGGUUUUUUCUACAAUGUCACCUCCAAGAGCUGCGAGAAGUUCCUUGGCACUAGCUGCCCCCGCAACAUGGACACCUACAGCUCCCUGAAGGAAUGCAUUCAAUUUUGCUCAGGGACUGGUGAGCCCAGCUGUUGGGCAGGGAGGAGCAGGGGCUGA